ACUGUCUUGUUCUAUUGGAAGCCAGUAAUGGAAUACUGGCAAGUCAUCGUCCAGUGGAUGGCCGGCUGUUUUCGGAAAACAAAGUUAUUAAGGAUCUGUUAAGCGCACAAGGCGCCUGCGAUAGACUGUCUUCUCACGAAAUGGGAAAGAAGGAAGUUAUCAUAAAUUGGAUGCUUACGUGCAAUAAUCCAACUCCUCUAGAAUUCUUUCGCCGGAUCCAGCCAACACAUCGAUCUCGUGCAUUCGAAAAAUAUGAUAAAAUUCUUGAUCAAGCUAUCAACUGUUGUAAAGAUCCAGAAAAACAAUCGACUUUAAAACAAGUGAAAGAAACUGCUAAUAUUCGUGACGAGGUCUAUGAGACAAAUGCUAAAGUUCAUAGAGAAUUAAACAAGGUCGUCAGUAAGAGGGCAAUAAAAGCGAAUGAAGAAAGAUGGCGAAAAAAACAAAAACAAUUGAAUGGUCCUUAUGAACAUUUAUCAAUCACAGAACAAGAGGAUGACGAUGAAGAUAUAUAUUCAUCUAAUUAUGCGUCGUCUUCCCUUACGAACAAGCCUUGUUCACAACAACAAACAUCUGAACGAGGAAAAACGGGUGAAGAUAUAACUGCGGAGGAGCAGGAAAGACGUGAAAAUGGUGUUAGUUUGAGCGAUCAUGAUCAUAAUCUGGUUAAAAAUCUUCUCAACGAACUGCAACAAUGCUCUGAGAAAAUGGCCAGUUUGGUGCGCAGUUUUCAAGUAUACUGUGAUGAUUCCGUUAAUGAAUUAAUUCGGAAUGAAAUUAUGGACCUAACCCUGUCUUCGGAGUUCGUUCUAAGAUAUACAGAUGAGGAUGACUACAUACAAGUUCUAAAAGAGGUCUUUGAGCCUGUCGAUAAGUUGUUUCCGGAAAGUGCGAUUGAAUUUCUUGAAGAGUUUUUUUCAGACGUAUCAAUAUUGUUUGUACUAUCCUGUAUUAAUUUGUCUUUUUGCUUGCCAAUCACAUCAUCGCUGUUUAUUUUAACAGAAUUGUACCUAUCAACAAUGGGAUAG